GCUCUCUCCAGUUGUAUAACACCAUAUCUCCGUGACGCUGACAAUUCUUAACCUGUAGACAGACUCUCGGUCCGACUGAGACAGAGCGAAACGGUCACGCCUAAACAAACACUACAUAAGUAGAGCGGAGGAACGUCGUGUUUUGAUGGCUAUCGCAUUUGCAAAAUUACAUUCAUAAGAACACCAGGGAUCUCCUCCAUACUUCAUAUAUUGAAUUACACCAAAUACUAUCAACGUACUUGCAGUCACAAUUCAAGAUGUCGAAGCCAACAAAAAACCUUGCCGCAGUCCUGAACACUAUUGCAACUUCUCUCGUGAUCGAAGAGCGUCCAAUCCCGAUCCCAGGUCCAGACCAAGUGGUAGUCCAGAAUCGUGCGAUUGCUGUCAACCCCAUCGACUGGAAGCGACAAGCCUGGGGGUUUGCAAUAUCCAGCUACCCUACUAUUCUGGGAAGCGAUAUCAGCGGUACUGUGGUAGCCGUGGGCUCCAAAGUCACCAACUUCAAGACAGGAGACCGUGUUCUCAGUUUCGCAAACGGGUUUUCAUCCGGAAAGGACGAAGACUCCGCCUUCCAGACAUACACUGCUACACCAGCGCUAUCUACGACCAAACUACCUGAUAACCUAGACUUCUUGCAAGCGGUCAUGCUUCCCAUGGGAGUUGGAACAGCUGGCAUGGCUCUGUACAAUGACCUUGGCCUUGCUUAUCCUGACCUCAAAGCUCCCAAGAAGAAUCUCGGCUCUAUCCUCAUCUGGGGUGGUGCGUCAAGUGUUGGUACUAUGGCUAUUCAGCUCGCACGUCUGUCAGGGUAUAGUGUCUAUGCCGUUGCGAGCGAAACACAUCAUGCCUACCUCAAGUCUCUUGGAGCGACAGCGGUCUUUGAUUACCAUUCUCCUACCGUUAUUGAGACUGUCAUCAAUGCGGCGAGAAGUGCCGGACAGCCAAUCAGCCUUGCACUUGACACUAUCUCGGAGGCGGCUACUUUGAGAAGCACCGCGGAGAUACUUUCCGGAUCGGGAUCAAAGGAGAGCAUCCUAGCGCACUUGUUACCAUGGGCCGAGGAUGUUAGUAGACCUGAUGGAGUCAAGCUAUCGAAUGUCUCAGCGGAGAAUAUCUGGACGUCCAGAACGGACGUUUCAGCGUGGCUCUUCCAGACCUUUCUUCCCUCUGCACUGGGACAAGGCUUGAUUGUACCGAGCCCGAAAGCACGCAUUGUGGGAGGUGGCCUUUAUGGUCUCCAAGCAGCAAUGGACACUCUCAAGCAGGGAGUCAGUGGCGAGAAAUUGAUUGUGGAGUUGGAAUAAGACAGCAGCUUGAUCUAGUAGGAUUUGUAACAGCUUUUAGAACAACGAAG